AUGGCGUCCGACGAUGAGAAGAAGAUUCGCCUCCGCAGCAAGGACGGCGAGGUCUUCGAGGUGCCGGAGAAGGCCAUCGGCGCCUUCUCGGCCACGAUCACGGGCAUGAUCGACGGCGGCGGCGGCGGCGUCGAGCUCCCGAACGUCUCCGCCGCCACGCUCUCCCGCGUCAUCGAGUACGUGGAGAGGCACUUCGACGCCGACGAGUCCGACCCCUCCUCCUCCUUCAACCCCAGCGACGAUGACCCCCUCGCCCGCUUCGACGAGGAGUUCGUCGGCGUCGACAACGACGCACUCUUCGACCUCUUGGAGGCGGCCAGCUUCCUCAACAUCGCCAAGCUGAUGGACCUGACGUGCAAGGCGGUAGCGGAGUGUAACAACACAGGUGUUAAUUACUUAUAA